UUGCCAUUCUUGAAUUCGCAAACGACAUCUAGUAGUAUUAAAUAUAAGUAAAAAGUGUAUGAUAGAGAAAAUGUCAUGUUAUUUUCUUAAUAGGUGAUCAAAUCUCGAUCACUUAUCAAAUUUUGAUUCUCGCAGCCGGAAACGGUCAAUAUGCCCAAAAAAUUCGUUGGUGAAAAUAGCAAAGCUGUCGCUGCUCGGGCGAGAAAAGCAGCGGCAAAAGAGGCUGAGAAUACAAAGAAAGCGCUUGAAGCAGAAGAAAAAGCUUGGCAAGAUGACGAUAAACAAUUAUUGAAAAAAAAACAAAAACAGGAAGAACUUGAAAAGAAACGUCAACAACAAUUAGAAAAAAAAGCAGAAGUGAAAGCUCUACUUGAAAAGGAAAUGGCAAAUAUAAAAGUGGGUGGUAAACAACCUGCAGCUAAAGUAACUAGAGCAGAAAUAGUUGCUGCAACAGAAAAACGGAAUCAAGCAGCAAUGAAAAAAAGAGAAGAAGAAAAACCAAUUGAAGAGAAUUUGAAUAGGUUAACAAUUGAAGGUGAAACUGCUCAUGGUAUAGAUGAAGCUUUAUCUGUUUUAAGUUCAAAAGAAACAGAAAUUGAUCGUCACCCAGAAAAACGUGUAAAGGCUGCAUAUGCUAGUUUUGAAGAAAGAAUGAUGCCUAUUAUUAAAGAACAAAAUCCUACUCUGAGGUUAAGUCAAUUAAAACAAAUAUUAAAAAAGGAAUGGAUGAAAUCUCCGGAAAAUCCACUCAAUCAAAAAUUACUUUUAAAUCGUUGAUAUUAAAUGGUGUUUGACGGAAUAUAAACACGCAUACGACUGAUUAGGUUCGAAAGAACACGUGAAAUGAGACUCAUAAAUGUAAUCAUGAACGAAUCAAAUAUCUGUACACAAUUUUAUUGUAAACGAAUAAGUUAUACUCCCGGUAGAAUACAUAAAAUAAGACUAUAUAAAUCAUCUUUGGUAUAACUUAUACGCUACUACAUAGCCUCUACAUUGUAUAUUACAAUUUCAUUUACAAACAAAUCUUUAAAUCCGAAAAUUCAAAGAAAACAGGUUAACAAUCGUGUACACGUUUUGGCACAGUUACUCUGCAGACUUAUACAACUUUACAGAUACGAGUAUCUUAUCGGUAUUUUUUCAUUUACAAUAUUAGACAAAUAUUUAUAAAAAAAUAAUUAUACGAAAACUUGGUUACUUCAUUUCAAUUGUAUAAAAUAGAAUUCUAUACAAACAAAUUUUCACCAAUGUGAAAUAUAGAUUAUGUACAAUA